AUGACAAAAGAAACAUUUACUUGUUAUAAGAAUAUAAAUUCCGAUAACCAUUCAGUCAUAGUUCCCAUUUACCAUUUACAAGCUGUGGUAGGUGAGCCUGUGUACUUACCAUGUGACAUUUCCACAAUCACACCAAAUGAUGCUGUAUUAUUAGUGUUAUGGUAUCGUGAGGAUCUUGGUACACCCAUUUAUAGUGUCGAUGGUCGUGAACGUAAUUUUAGUAUGGCUGAACGAUGGUCCGAUGAAAAUGUAUUUAAUAAUCGUGCAUAUUUUAUGCCGGACAAAAAACCAGCCGAGUUGGGUGUCGACCAUAUCCGUGAUAGUGACGCCGGCAUCUAUCGUUGUCGUGUUGAUUUUCGUAUUGCACAAACACGCAACAGUAAAGUCAAUCUAACUGUAAUUGUGUCAUUAAAGACAUGUCAGAAAUCGAUAACUGGCUAUUAUGCUUUGAAGAAAAAAAAAGAAAUUUGUCAAACCAUGUUAACUGGGGUACCAUUGAAUUGUGUUGCAUUUUUAAUUGAUAGAAUAAACGGCAAUAAAGUAAAUUUAUCGUUAGGUAAAUGUGAAUGA